CGCGGUUUGGCUUGUUUAAUUUACAAUUGUCAAAGCGUCGUUUCGCGAAAUUGGGAAACUGGAUGUAAUUCUGCAAAAAAGACACCGUAAUAUAUAUACAAUUAUAUGGAAGAAACAGAAGAAGCUGCAACUCAUCGUGACGAUGGGGAGCAACCUGGUUGCAGUAAAAUUUUGGCAGACCAACACCAGAAACAAGAAGAUGAAGACCUCGCCAACAUAGUAACGGCCGAGGAAUACUUAAUGCGCAAGGACGUUGUGCUGUUGGAUUACGAGAAACAAAUGUUCUUGGACAUGGUCCAUGCAGAUGCUCUAAUGGUUUGUGCCAAGGGCAUUACAUAUCAACGAGUAUUAUUUAAUAUACUGAAGGCUUACAGUGAUGCCGGCAACUUAAUAUUGGUCAUCAAUAGUUCUGAUUGGGAAGAAGAGUACUACAAGAAUAGGCUGGAAAAGAAAUACAUACACGACGUGGCCAAUACUGCAACAGAGAGAGAGCGAGUAUAUUUGGAGGGUGGCGUACAAUUUAUCAGCACACGAAUUUUGGUUGUAGAUUUGCUGAAGCAAAGAAUUCCCAUAGAACUAAUAACCGGCAUCGUAGUAUUGCAUGCGCAUACCAUAAUUGAAUCCUGCCAAGAGGCCUUCGCAUUACGCCUCUACCGACAACGCAACAAGACUGGUUUUAUCAAAGCCUUCUCCAGCAGCGCUGAGGCUUUUACCAUAGGCUAUGGACAUAUUGAGCGUAUUAUGCGCAACCUGUUUGUGAAGGAACUUUUUAUUUGGCCACGUUUCCAUGCGGUGGUGCAAGCUUCGCUGAAGCCUUACGAGGCACAAACCAUCGAAUUACAUGUGCCUUUGUCCGAGAAAAUGAAAUUGAUGCAGACACACAUUUUGGAUAUCAUGAACUAUUUGGUGAGGGAAAUUAAGCGCAUAAAUCGCACAGUGGACAUGGAGGAAAUAACGGUAGAGAAUUGUGUUACCAAGAAAUUUCAUAAAAUACUGCAGGCCCAAUUGGACUGUAUAUGGCAUCAGCUGAACUCGCAAACUAAGCUCAUAGUGGCCGAUUUGAAGAUACUCAGGAGUCUUAUGAUCUCAACCAUGUACAAUGAUGCUGUGAGUGCUUAUGCCUUGAUAAAACGAUAUAGGACCACAGAAUAUGCCCUCAGCAACUCGGGAUGGACCUUGUUAGAUUCAGCCGAGCAGAUUUUCAAGUUGUCCAAGGAAAGGGUGUUCAACGGGCUAGGAGAAUUUGAACCUGAACCCUGCCCAAAAUGGAAGUACCUCAGUGAAAUAUUAAAAGUUGAAAUACCUGCCGAUAUGAAACGCACCAAGCCAGAUUGUUAUGAUCCACCUAAAGUACUCAUUCUCUGCCAAGAUACUCGCACUUGUUAUCAGCUAAAACAGUUUCUAACCCAAAGUGGAGAACGAUACCUAUUGUAUACGGCAUUGAGGCAACAAAUUCCUGUGGGUAAACUUGGAAAGUCUUUCGAACAGAUACAAGCAAACAAAGAUUUGGAAUUGUCUUUGCCGCAGCCACCAAUGAAGUCAUAUUCUCAAAAGACUAAAAAACCGAAUUUGAAGGACACAGCUCCAGAAACUGAUGAAACGCCAAAUGAGACGCAGGUGGACGAGUUAGCUCAGCUUUUGACUCAGGGUGAUGUGGAAGUCAUGGAGGCUAACUAUUUCCAAGAAAGCUAUAUGCUAACCAUGACCCAGACUCAAUUUGAUGAUUCGGAUUUAGGUCAAAUGAACGACAGCGGCACUGGAGCCGACACCAGCGUGGAUAACUCUGUGUUUGAACCUUUUCCGGAAAUGGAGAAUCUCGAUAUAACAGCGGCAAUAGCAGCAAGGAAACAACCCUUAAUUUGUCUGCAAACAUUUAAAACGGAAAGAGAGGGAUCUGCCGCUCUCGAUAGGGUCUUGGAGGAGAUAAAUCCACAGUAUGUUGUAAUGUAUCACUGCAAUGUGGCCGCCAUCAGACAGUUGGAAAUUUACGAAGCUCGCCAGAAAAGAAAGCUCAAGGAUCGCAUGAAAGUCUUCUUUUUAAUACACGCCCGCACAGUUGAAGAACAGUCAUAUCUUACCAGCUUGCGUAGGGAGAAACAGGCUUUCGAAUUAAUCAUAGAGACAAAAAGUAAAAUGGUUAUACCAGACUAUCAAGAUGGUAAAACCGAUGAGGCUUUUAAUUUGUAUAAAGCCUACAAACACCCUGAAGAUGCUGUGGAAUCUGCCAAUGCCCAAAGUCGCAAAGCUGGUGGUCAAACAAGCAAACUGGGCGAAGAAGAACCUACACCCAAAAUUAUUGUAGAUAUGAGAGAAUUUCGUUCGGAUUUGCCAUGUCUAAUACAUAAAAGGGGCAUUGAAGUUCUGCCUGUUACAAUAACGAUUGGCGAUUAUAUUCUUACUCCAGAAAUAUGCGUUGAGCGCAAAUCUAUUUCUGAUUUAAUCGGCUCACUAAACUCAGGUCGUUUGUACAAUCAGUGCAUACAAAUGCAGCGAUACUAUGCCAAGCCCAUAUUGCUGAUUGAGUUUGACCAGAAUAAACCCUUUCAUUUGCAAGGAAAAUAUAUGGUAUCCCAAAAUACAAGCACCACCAAUGCCGAUAUCGUACAAAAACUGCAGUUAUUAACUUUGCAUUUUCCCAAAUUACGUUUAAUAUGGUCUCCAAGUCCCUAUGCCACGGCCCAGCUCUUUGAAGAAUUAAAAUUGGGCAAAGAAGAACCGGAUGCAAAACAAGCAGCUGCCAUAGGCGCAGAUGAUAUAGGGGCUUAUGAUGAUUUGAAAUUCAAUGCCAAUGUCUAUGAUUUCCUUUUAAGAUUGCCAGGUGUUAAUACCAAGAAUGUGCACAAGCUUAUGCGCCAUGGAGGCAGUUUAAAAGAGUUAUUAAAAAAGUCACAGGAUGAGCUCGUGGCACUUUUGGAUUCAAAAGAAAAUGCAAAAUUAUUAUGGGACAUUUUGCAUGUGGCCCACCUGCCGGAAAAGGAUGAAGUGUCUGGUUCGGCAGCUAUUUUGGCGGCUAGUAAACAAAUGGGCACUCAUUCUCGUUUUAGAAGAGGGGCGGCAGCCAAUGUGGGUGCCCGUGGUGGUGGUGGAUAUAUGCGUAGAUUUAAGAACUAGAAUAUAAAAUGGUACUAUAAGCAAUAGCCCUUACAUGUUUGUUACGAUACUAAAGGAAAUAUUUUUAAUUACAUUUAUAGCACAAGAAAAAAACCCAGCCAAAACUAACUCAAGCAAUCAAGAUAAGCUAUUUAAGACUAGUCUAAGUGAGGAGAAUCAAAGAUAAAAUAUGAAUAACAGAACCAAAAUAGCAAGAAAAAGAACAAUACCAACAUCGUGAGGUAAGUGACUUUUUUUUCCCUUCGCUGCAGAUGAAAUUUAUGUAAAUAGACGUAAUCCCCUGAUGAAGUUGCCAAAAAAGUGACGCAACCUUGGGAUAAAAAGCUCUAACUCUAUAAUUCAGUAAGUAAAAUACAAUCAACUAUAACCAUAGCUUGACCAAACCAAGCAACGAGAAAUUUCUUGUUGUUGUUGUAGUAUACAUUUCCUAGAAUCAAUUUGGUAUAUAUGUAGUACGUAUGCUUGACAGUUUUGUACUUGAACUUCUCAACGUUUAAGGAAUGUUAAUGCCUUUCCUAUCCCACUGAUAAUUAACAAUCAAAUGGUUCUCCCCAUUGAAUCUAUGUGUGUAUGAAACUGUCAUUACCAAGUCAUGCAUAUGAUUCUUAGCAUAUGCAUACAAUUUUAAUUGGAUAUUUGAAGUCUUGGCAUAAUUGUGUUCAAUUUUUAAAAGGCAGCAUGAUAAAACAAUUGUGUGUGGUAUGUGAUCUACUGGCUGUGCACUACUUACAAAAAUUGACAGGUAGAUAAGUUAAAUACAAUAAUUACACAUUCCUCAAACAGUGUUCUGGUUUAACUAAGCUGCAAAGUUUCCAAGUGUUAUUGUAUUGUGAUGGAAAUUGUGGAAAAUAAGACUUAUUAUAAAGACACACGGUUUCAAGAUUAUAAAACGAAUUGCUUGCAGAAAUAA